UUCAGGAAUGAAGCUCAAAGCCAUAGAAAGAGCCAAACCUUUAACACUUCUCCUUCUUCUUCUUCUUCUUCUUCUUCUUCCAUCUUCACCGUGAGACUCUAUCACAUCACAUGUUGAGCCCUAACCCUAACCCUAAACCGAAACCAAAAGUCGAAGCCUGUGUUGGUUCUCUUACAAGUUGACAAGUUUGAGCUUAGGAAAAACCAUAAUGGAGUCCCAUUUCAAUCACAAUCUUUUCGAGCGGCGCCCUAUUCUCAGGUCCAAGGCUCCUGCUGUUAAAUGGUUUAGAGAAUGGGUUCCCCAAGAUGUUGUGGCCACUGGUGGGAAGUGCUUUCUCUAUAAAUGGGUAACAGAGGAUACAUUAAAGUCUUUGAAAGAGAAAGCAAAAGAACCAGAGGUACCGGAACCAGAACCAGAACCAACUACAGAAGUACUUUUUCUUUGCAGCUAUGAAAGUUGUGGAAAGACCUUUAUUGAUGCUGGUGCUUUAAGGAAGCAUUCUCACAUCCAUGGGGAGAGACAAUAUGUCUGUCAUUACGAGGGAUGUGGAAAGAAAUUUUUGGAUAGUUCAAAGUUAAAGAGACACUUUCUUAUUCAUACAGGAGAAAGAGAUUUUGUAUGUCCUCAUGAAGGCUGUGGUAAGGCGUUCUCUUUGGAUUUCAACUUAAGAUCACACAUGAAGACUCAUUCGCAAGAGAACUAUCAUAUUUGCCCGUACCCGGAUUGUGGAAAGAGAUAUGCUCACGAGUACAAAUUGAAAAACCAUAUUUCGUCUCACCACGAAAAGAGUGGGACUGUGGAUGUGACAAAGUAUACCCCAACUCCACCUCCAGAGAAGCCAGCCAGAACGCCCAAGCCGGCUGCAGGAGUUUAUGGCUCUGCAUCCUCUGACCGCCCUUACGCAUGUCCUUAUGAAGGGUGCGACAAGGCUUACAUCCAUGAAUACAAACUAAAACUACAUCUGAGGAGAGAGCACCCUGGACAUACGUCUGAUGAGAAUGUUGAGAACCCCGCAAUCAAUGCUGCUCAUGAGAUAGAUGAAGGCAGUGACCAAGAUGCCUAUGGUGGAAACCGGGUGCAUAAUGGCAAAUCCCAGAAACAAAACAGGCCGAAGCCAAGUGUGAAGUUACCUCCUGUGAAAAUAGCGCAGCGGAAGGGCUCGACUCCACCCCCAGCUAGGGUGAACAUAGUGAAAAAACCAUGGCCGGUCAAAGAAGAAGUUUACGAGGAAGACAGUGAAGAAACGGAGGAAGACCGUGACAAUGUUGAAGAUGGUUGGAGAUAUGCAGAGCACAAUGAGGACGAUGAUGAAGAAACUGAAUAUGAAGACUAAUUUUUUUUUUCCUUUUGUUUUCUUUUUGGUUGAAAUUUGUUUGAACACAUUUUGAAGUGGCAAUAUUAUUAGGCUUAUUUUACUCCUCUA